UUGUUUCCCUUCGUGUAUUCUGAGGAUCGAUUAAUCUUCGUUGACGUCGGUCGUUUUACCAGCAAAAAUACAUCGAAAAAUCCAGUGUGCUGACGAGAAGGCCUCUCGCUGGCAAUCUCGACGUGUAUGCUUUGAAGCUUUUCUAUUUUCACAUCAUGUUAAUGAGUUUCAACCGAAUUUCAAAGAAAACAACGUGCAGUGGGUUCAAAAUACGGACGAUAUUUUACAGUGCUAGACGUUUACCAUCUUGAUCCUCGGCCAAAUCAAUAUUAGUAUCAAUUGUGCAAUAAAAAAAAAAAAAAAAAAAAAAAAACGAAGAAUUAACAGGAAACGAGAGGGAACAAAAUAUUCAAGAAAGCAGCAUGCCUGGCAAAGGUGGAAGACGAGGAAAGUCGGGUCAUGGCCAUGGGAAACGGGCUGACACAACAUCUGAUGAGGAUUCCAGCAACAACGACGCAGCAAGCGUAAUAAGUGUCCAAUCUGAUAAAUGCAGUGUUGUGGAUGACGCAGCCAAUGAAAAUGACAUCGAGGAAGAGUCCCAGCAAGAAGUGUUUGAGGAGAAAUUACGCGAGGCCAUUGACGGAUUAACUCAGAAAAGUGUGAAAGGACGAACCUCAUGUUUUAGUAGAGUGGAGAAAAUUUUUACAAUAAAGUAUAUCCCGGAUUUUGUGGAAGAUCGAAAAAUGACCAUCACUGAUUGCAUCGAGCGGGGUCUGAAAAAAGGCCGAAAUGAGGAAAGAUGUUCUGCUGCUCGACUCAGCACUCUUCUCUGUGUACAGCUAGGAGUUUUUGAUAGUGCUGAAAUAGUCUGCAAAGAUCUGAAAUCCACUCUUACUUACAUUGCCAAUGAUAACACUGCUUCUAAUAAUGCCAGAGCUGAGUGCUGCUGGGCCUUGAGUAUGAAUCAAUUUUUCUCUGGAAACGACGCAGGAGAUACGGUCGACAUUGUUCAAUUGUUAUCGACCAUAUUCGCCGGAUCUUACUUGAAAGGAAAUGGUGCAGUUGCCUCAAUAUCAGCUGAUUUGGCGUCUCUUCAUGCAGCUGCUUUGUCCUCUUUGACUCUAUUGCUCACAGUGAUGAGUUCUUCGGAUAUUUACAAUAUGUUGGCAAGCAGUAAAUUGAAUAAUUACAUGCUUUCAAUUGGAAGACUCCGUGAGCUUUUAGAUUCACCUCAUUUGGAUGUGCGCUUAUCGGCAGGUGAAGCUUUAGCUGUUUUAUUCGAGCUGGGCCGAGAUUUAACUGAAAAUUAUGAAGAGGAGUGGGCAUUUGAACUCAUUGAUGUACUUAAAGAAUUGGCAACCGACUCUAACAAAUAUAGAGCUAAAAAAGAUCGAAAACAGCAGCGUGCUAGUUUUCGCGACAUUUUGCGUUAUAUCGAGGAGGAUAUCAUCCCUGAAACUAACAUCAGGUUCGGGCAAGAAGUUUUAUAUUUGGAAGGAUGGUGCGCAAGAACGCAAUACAACGCUUGUUGCCGACUUUUAGGACCCGGCAUAAAUAUUCACCUAGCAGAAAAUUUACUUCUUCGUGAAAUCUUUCAACUGGGUAGCAAAGCGAUAGCAGUACCCUCAUCUCAAAAGACCAGCAAAUUGGAAAGGACUUUAAUGAACGCGGCCGCGUUCAAAGCACGGACGAUUCAACGGAAUAAACAUCGGGACAAACGUUCAGGGCUGUGUCUUAGAGAUUUUUGAUUAUUGAUAUUAUUGAUAGUUUUUCUUUUUUGAGAUAUAUGCUACAUAUACAUAUAUAAAUAUUAAUUACAUGCCAUCAUCUUAAUAAUUUUAUUUAUCAUUACCGGCCAGUAAUGAAAUUUCCUUUUUCGGAAGCUUCUCAUUGUUUGACACUGCUGGAAAUGAAACUCUAAAUUUUUUUGUGGUUAAAUGUAUGAAUUGUUAGUAUUGACGUUCAGGAAAUAUAUGAUUUCGACGAUCGAUAAAAAUAUAUCUAAUUUCAGCGCUCUUCUGCCAUUUAACAUGAUUGAAAAUUUGCUUUUUGUACAUGACUAGCUCAAAAAUCAUCAAUGUUUGACAAUAAUUAUUAUCGAUUAUUAUGAUGUACACCACAAAUGGUCAAGUUGUGUUUCGCUCGUUAAUAAUCAGACUCCUUUCUAUAGUUGAAUGUUCAGCUGCCGAAGUCAUUAUAAAUUAACCGGUUGACUGGUAAGCUUUUUUUUCAAUUUUCGUUUCAAAACUAGUACGAGCCAAUAAGUUACCGAUAGUCCAGUCAUUUGGUAGUUUUACCUGAAAAGUUUUCCGGGAGUUUUGAAAAUUGGCUACUUUAGAUUUUGACCUCCUAUUUUUAAAUUUUCACUUUGCUACCACGUAUCUUUGCCGCUCGCCCCGCCAUUUUGAAAAAAAUGGCGUUCAAAAUCAGUUUUUCAAAACUCCCCGAAAAUUUUCCAGGUAAACCCCUUUUUGAGCCCCAAAUGACUGGACACGAAAUACACGAAAAUUUGUUUCUGGAGAUUUUCGAGGUUGUUGAUUUCAUUCCCAUAUUUAGUUUUCACCUACCUACCCUUGGAAGAAGUGAGAAUGAGGGUUGAAAAAAUGAAAAUUUUAGAUUUUUCAAUGGCAUGUUUUUAUGCCAUUUUUCAUGUAAAUUCCAAGUUUUUGAUACUAGAUUUGUUUUUUAAUCGAAAUCAAAUAAAAUUCACUAUCCUCAAAAUCGGGAGUUGAGGGUGAAAUUGUUAGAUUUUCCAAUGGAAAGUUUUUGUUAUAUUACAUAAAAAUUGUUUGUUUUUUGGGACACCAGACUCUUUCAUCGAAAUAAAACAAACUCGCUACUUGUCAAGGAUUGAAUAAAAAGGGUUGGGGGUGAACUUUUCCAAUUUUCCACUUGCAAGGUUUUAUGCUAUAUGACAUGGAAAUUUCAAGUUUUUCAGGACACUAGACUCUUUUAUAAACAUAAAACAAAAUUCACUAUCUUCGAAGGGUUAAAAAAUAAGCUUGAGGGUGAAAUGUUCAGAUUUUUCACUUUGAAAUUUUUAUGGUAUAUGACAUGAAAACUGUACGUUUUUUAUGACACUAGACUCUUUUAUCGAAAUAAAACCAAAUACGCUAUCCUCGAAGGGUUGAAAAUAAGAAUUCAGGUGAAAUUUUUUAAUUUCACGCUGAAAUUAAAAAAGUUGUCUCCGUGGGUUAUUUUUCAAUGGAAAGGUUUUAUACUAUGUUUCAUAGAUACUCGACGUUUUUUAGGAUUCUAGACAUUUUUAUUGAGAGAAAAACAAUGAAUUCCCUGUGUACUUUAGUCAAUUGAUUGGUACUUUAUAAUGUACAAAUUCAAAAAUCAUCAGUUUUCGAUCGAUUUGGAUAAAAAUUGGUAAACGGACGUUGUUUGGGAUGCUUCGUCCAAAUAACGAAAUACUAUGAAACAAUUUAAAAUGUCAGCUGCAAAUAGCGUCAUGUAUUAUCAUUUUUGAGAAAUUGAAUAGAUAUAUUUCGUAAAAAAAUUUGAAAUUUUCAUGUCAUAUAGCAUAAAACUUGUAAGUGAUAAACCUGAAAAUUUUACCCACAACCUUUAUUUUUCACCUCUUUGCAGGUAGCAAGUUUUUUUCUAUUCAGAUAAACAAAUGUGGUGCUCUAAAAAACAUACAUAUUUUAAUGCAAUAUAGCAUAAAAACUAGCAAUUUCACCCUCAAUAUUCGAUUUUAGCCACUUUCAACGGUAGCAAGGUAAAAUUUGAGUCCAGGAAUUGAAUUAGCGACCCAAAAAACCGUUGUAUACGAAGUUUUGUCGAAAUCAGUUGAAAAUUAAAAACGUUAUUUUAAUAUGUACACAUAUGCUACAUUACCGGAAUGGGUCCGACUUUUUUUUGUACAUAUAUGAUACAAUACCAAUCACCGGUUAACAGAAUAAGGCAAAUCUACUUUUUAUGAACGUACGUUCAUUUAUUACACUAUUUUCGAUUUUAUAACGAUGAGUGAGAUUCUAAAAAAAAGUUUAUGAAGGCGAAAUAAAACGAUACAUUUGA